AUGUAUCUUUUACAAAAUAUUUUCCUCCUCCAAUUGGGAUCAAUAUGGUGUUUAGAUUCAAAUCAUAGCCAGACCACCUACUCCGUCCGCCGUGCCACGCCCGGCCGUGCAGAAGGCCGCCGCGCCCCAGCCUGGCGCUGUGGGCUCCGAAGCCCAGGUGACCGGAGAGCGGCGGCGGCAGGAGGCCUCGGGCACACCCCGCCAGAGGAAACCGAGCGGCUCCGGAGUGGCCCAGGAGAGGCGAGGAGGCGAGGGCUCCCGGGUCAGGAGAUCGUGCGCUCACCAGAAACAGAACCUGGCCAAACGCCGACAAAUACCAAACCCACCUCACGCACAAGAAUGAGACGAAGCGUGGCUGCUGGGGCCCUGGACGCGCACUUCCACUUCCGGUUUCUGGGAAAAGAAAGGGGUUUCGAGCGCGAACUCAGAGGACUCCACCUAGUGGUCGUGGGUUGCAGUGGCAUCUGCCCUUGGAUUUGGAGUUGGAAUCUAACCUGUUUAUUUCCUCAGGGCUGUCCCUGGGGCCUUCCCACCUCUGCCUCGGCUUUCCUGUCUCCGCAAACGCUUUUCUGCGGCGGUCGCCGCCGCAGCUACAGUCUGGCCACGGCUGGCUUCGCCGUGUCCCUGGUGCACCCGGACCUGCCCGCCCAUUCCGCAGCUAAGAGUUGCUGCCCUGGACUUAAGUUUGUUGUGCAUUCACAGGACUCAGUGGUCGUUGAGGAUGUGACUGUGAAGUUUACGCAAGAAGAGUGGGCUUUGCUGGAUCUUGCUCAGAGGAAACUCUACAUAGAUGUAAUGAUGGAAACCUUCGUAAACCUGGCCUCCGUAGAUCAUUCAUCGUAUAGACAUUGUACCACAUCUGAAACUGGAUGCAGUAUCUAUAAGUGUAAGGAAUAUGAAGAAGCCUGCCGUUAUCCUUACCUCAGCACUCCUGUGAAAAAUCUUAGUGGAGAGAAGCCCUGUGAAUAUAACCAAUAUGGAGGAAAUUUGUGUAGUUUCUCAUCCUUUCAGACACAUGUGAGAAGUCAUGAGGGUGAAUGCAAAGAAUAUUGGAAAACUUGUCCCUCGUCACUUAGUUUACAAAAGAAAUUUCAUAGUGUAGAGAAACCUUAUGAAUGUAAUGAAUGUGGUAAAGCCUUUCGACAUUCAUCAGCUCUCAUUACACAUAUAAGAACACACAGUGGAGAGAAACCUUAUGAAUGUAAGGAAUGUGGGAAAGCCUUUAGUGAUCCCUCCUCUCUUACUACACAUAUAAGAAUUCACAGUGGAGAGAGGCCUUAUGAAUGUAAGGAAUGUGGGAAAGCCUUUACUAACUCCUCAGCUCUCACUAGACAUACCAGAACUCACAGUGGAGAGAGACCAUAUGAAUGUAAGGAAUGUGGGAAAGCAUUUAGUGAUUCCUCAUCUCUCACUACACAUAUAAGAACUCAUAGUGGAGAGAGACCUUAUGAAUGUAAGGAAUGUGGGAAAGCUUUUAGCAUUUCUUCGUCCCUCACUACACAUAUAAGAACUCACAGUGGAGAGAGACCUUAUGAAUGUAAGGAAUGUGGGAAAGCCUUUACUGGUUCCUCAGCUUUCACUACUCAUAUAAGAACUCACAGUGGAGAAAGGCCUUAUGAAUGUAAGGAAUGUGGGAAAGUCUUCAGCCAGUCUUCAUCUCUCAUUACACAUAUGAGAACUCACAGUGGAGAGAGGCCUUAUGAGUGUAAGGAAUGUGGGAAAGUCUUCAGUAAUUCCUCAGCCCUCACUACACAUAUAAGAAUUCAUACUGGAGAGAAGCCUUACGAAUGUGAGGAAUGUGGGAAAGCUUUUAGUCAUUUCUCAAACCUCACUAAACAUAUAAGAACUCAUAGUGGAGAGAGGCCUUAUGGGUGUAUAGAAUGUGGGAAAGUAUUUAGUCGUUCCUCACACCUCAUUAGACAUAUAAGAACGCACAGUGGAGAGAGGCCUUAUGUUUGCAAGGAAUGUGGGAAAGCCUUUACAGACUCCUCAUCCCUCACUAGACAUAUAAGAACUCACAAUGCAGAGAAGCCUUAUGGAUGUAAGGAAUGUGGGAAACUCUUCAGAUACCCUGCAUCAUUUGGAACACAUGAGUAG